GUCACCGAAAUAUCUAGGACGACCCGCUCCAUAAUUUUAUAUUUUAUAAUAUCGUAUCUCUCGUAGAGACUGACGUUUCGUAGGGAACACAAUAUGGUGCGAGGAGGAUUAUAUUUUCCUCAAAGGAUUAAUACGUGAGUUUAUACAAAUUCUCAAUGGAUUAACAUGCAUUAUUUGCAUACUAUGUAUACACCUCAGUGCAAAUAGUGUUACCAUGAUUGAAAAAGCACCACCAUGUGAUAUGAGAAAUAAGUGUUACUUGGACAAGCAUGGAGAUGGGUUGGAGUCGGUCAAGGCAGCCUCCAUAGGCUCCUCUACUGUGUCCAUGAUGCCUUCACUGGCUCCGAGUUCUGUGUCAUCGCUUAUCUCGUCCUUCACUCCGAGUCAAGGUUUUGACAAGGAAAACCGGCAACAGCGUCUACAGAGAUCUAACACCAACGACUUCAACACAAUGCGUAUGGCCAACCUCGUCAGGGAAAGGAAUCUGGAUAGCCAGGCGUACUACAAGCGUGUCUCCUUCCUUCCGCUUAAAAUCAG